AUGAAUGAAAUAGACAAAGUUACCUAUUUUAUUAAAGGUUUCAAACCCGCCACCAGAACAGAGGUAGUUUAUCAGGCACCAGCUACUUUAGAAGAAGCCUGGGUAUUGGCAAUUUGGUUUGACACAGCAAUGUUCGGCAUAGGAAGGCCCUCCACCAAUAAACCACAACAACAUUACAUUCAAAGAACCGGGAAAAGAGGUGGUGGUGGACCAACAUCAAUGGAGCUUGAUUAUGCCGGCAGUUCCUCUAACAACUAUAGUAAGAAGGAAAAAAAAGAGAAUUGUUUUAAAUGUGAGCAGGUUGAACAUUACACAAAAAAUUGUAAGGGCAAAUGUAAACAAAAACUUAUCAAUAUCGAAGAUAAGCCUCACCAAUUGACACAAGCUGUCACCAACAACA